AAUUCCGCUUACUUGUAUGUUAUUUAUCUUUGUCAAUUCAAAUGACUUGUGAUUUUCUGUUAUUCAGCAGGGAGUUUAGGGUUUACUUUAUCAAAGAAUUUGAACAAGCAUGUGAGAUAUGUAUACAUGAUGAAACUUUUAUUAAAUCACUAUUCACUAAUAGUCAUUAGUUCAUAUUUAAAAAUAAAUAAUAACAAAAAUACAUACAAGGGAAAACGUACAAUCAUAAUUCAUAAGAUCUACCAAAUAUUUUUCAUUUACUCAAUCUUUAAUCAAUCUAAAAAGAGAAAGACUACUAAAUCUAUAGAACCUAAUCAGUUUCAACCAAAUAUUCACCAAUUAAUUAUACUAACUAUUCAAUAAACCCCAAAUCAUUCAUAAAUCUUUGUCUAAUUGGACUAGUAUAAUUUCGUGCACAGUUACGGUUACCGGUAAUGCUGUUUUACAUGGAAAUUUAUCUCGUGAAUAGUAUUUUCUUGAACUAAAUCAAUAAUAUCCAUAUUGCAGAAUCUGGGUACAAGUUGACGAAAUUAUAUAUUAAUAAAAUAAAAUAUAAACUUCCAUAUACAAUCAUAAUCUAUUUUGCCUCAAAUUAAACCAUUACGUUACUAAACUAACAUAUAAAUUCCCCUCUCACAUACCUUCUUCUCAAUAUCAUCCAUCCUCAAUAGACUAACCUUCUCUGAAAAAAAAAACACAAAAAUGAUUCACAAAACAUCAUGUCUUCUUCUUCUUCCUCUGACUCUCAUCUUUCUUGAUUUCAUCCUAAUCUCAUCAUUAGCCAAACCGACCCCAAUCACAUCCCUCAAUGUCUUAACCUACGGAGCUAAACCAGAUGGCUUAAAAGACUCAACCAAAGCCUUCUUAGCCGCAUGGCAAGUCGCAUGUGCCUCUCCUAAUCCCACAACUAUUAUUGUACCAAAAGGACGGUUCUUGGUCAGAAACCUUGUAUUCCAAGGCAACAAAUGUACGAAUGCUCCAAUAUCUUUUCGUAUAGCCGGUUCAAUUAUUGCACCGGAGGAUUUUAGAGUUAUCGCAAGCUCACUACAAUGGAUCAUGUUCGAUGGAGUCACUAACGUUUCAAUCUACGGUGGUGUACUUGACGCACAAGGCUCUAGUUUGUGGAAAUGCAAGAACAGUGGUGGCAAAAAAUGCCCUACUGGUGCUAAGACUUUGUUAUUUACUGAUUCGAAUAACAUCAGUAUCUACGGUUUAACGUCGAUCAAUAGCCAGAAGUUCCAUAUAGUUAUCGACCAGAGCAAUAACGUUAAGAUUGACGGCGUUAAAGUUUCUGCUGAUGCGGAUAGCCCUAACACCGAUGGGAUUCACAUCGAGAACUCUCACUCAGUGAAUAUCACUAACUCAAGAAUUGGAACCGGGGACGAUUGCAUCUCCAUCGGUCCAGGAUCCACUCAUGUUUCUAUACAAGGCAUUCAAUGCGGUCCAGGCCAUGGCAUCAGUAUCGGGAGUCUUGGGAGAUCAGAGGACGAGCAAGGAGUUGAGAACGUGAUCGUGAGUAACGUGGAUUUCAUGUCAACGGAUAACGGAGUUAGGAUCAAGACAUGGGGAAAAGAUAGCAAAAGUUUCGUACGAAACAUUGUUUUCCAACAUAUUAAAAUGAAGAUGGUCAAGAACCCGAUUAUCAUAAACCAACACUAUUGUCUUGACAAACCUUGCCCUAAAAAGGAAUCUGGAGUUGAAAUAUCAAAUGUGAGAUAUGAAGAUAUACAAGGGACAUCGAAUACGGAAGUGGCGGUUAUGUUGGAUUGUAGUAAGGAUAAACCAUGUACCGAUAUUGUAAUGGGUAAUGUGAAUCUCGUCUUGCAAAUGGUUAAUGGGUCGGCUCAGGCUUCUUGCAACAAUGCAAAUGGAUUAGCUAAUGAUGUCGUUGUCCCGUUCACUCCUUGUCUAAAGAGAGACUUGCUUUUGACAUGAUAUAUUGAAGGAUCACCGAAUCGAUGUCGUCCCGAUUGCUCCUUGACUAAAGAUUAGUUUAUGAAGCUAAAUCAGUGAACGACGCUUUAUUGUUUGCUAGUUGUUUUUUUUCCUUUGGUUUCUAUGUUGCUACUUAUUUUGAUCUUUAAAAAUUUUUGUACUCGAACUUAUGGUAUGAACUUUUAAAGUAAUGAUUAAAGUUUUGGCUCAGAUCAUUAUAUUUCAGUAACGUAAGGAUAAACUUUGCUAACAUAAGCAAAAUGUUAACUGCACUUUCUAAAAUUAUAAAAGGUUUCAAAUGAUAGUAGUUUUCUUUAUGAGUUUUAGCUAUGAUUUUUCUUUGGGGUUAUGUAAUAGACGAUUAGAUACUAGUCAUCGACCCAAAAAUGUAAUAGAUGAACUAACUUUUUAUAUAAAAUUUCACAUAUGAAUACAUAAAGAAAUCAAGAAACAAAAUCUUACGUAGUGAAUUGCGACUUUAACG